AUGAGCGACGCUGGUCCUACUGUGGGCACGGCGCCGGAGAAGGGGAUAGACCGCAGUCUCUACGCUUCGGCCACCAUGAUCGACCCCGAAGCGCAAGAAGGCAACACCGACGGAACGGUUUGGUCGGAUAACGUGCUCUACAGAUGGGUGCAGCGGUUCGAGAAACUGGCCGGGGCUGAGGCUCGUGGCAUUGAGCGCGUUCCGGAGUCUCUUCGCUCCCACAAGGUUGCCCUGGCGGACUAUGUCCAGAUGGCCAUUAUCUGGUUCUCUGCAAAUCUUACGGCGAAUAAUGUGUUGCUGGGGCUUUUGGGACCGCUGGUCUUUGACCUGGGCCUGAAUGAUUGCCUGUUGCUGGGGACAUUUGGUGGUUUGGUGGGUGCAGCAGCUUGUGGCUAUAUUUCGACGUUUGGUCCUCUGAGUGGGAACCGCACGUUGGUCGUGGCUCGAUAUACGAUGGGCUGGUGGCCAUCGCGCAUCUGCGUCCUCCUCAACAUCGUCAUCAUGCUGGGAUAUGGCCUGGUCGACACACUGAUUGCUGGACAGAUCCUGUCAGCCGUAAACGGCCAAGGGCUGACGGUGAUCGUGGGCGUAAUCAUCGCCGCCAUCAUCUCACUCGUCAUCUGCCUGUUCGGCAUGAAGCUGUUCCAUCAAUACGAGCGGUACGCCUUCAUUCCGCAGCUGCUCGUCCUGUUCAUCCUGAUCGGUGUUGCGGGCCCAAAAUUCGACACUUCCACCGUGUCAACGGGCAACGGGCCGACCCGUUCAGCGGAUCAGAUGAGCUUCUUCUUCCUGUGCAUGUCAGGUCCUCUAGCCUGGACACCGGCCUCGGCGGAUUUCUACGUCUACUUCCCCCCAACAGCCAGUCGAUGGAAGGUGUUUAUGUCCUCCACACUGGGCAACGGCCUCUCCACCAUCAUCACCCUUCUGCUGGGUUCCGGAGUUGCAUCUGGCGUGGCCGGAAACCCAUCCUGGGGGGCUGCAUAUGGUGUUAGCGAAGGAGCGCUACUGACCGAGGUUUUCGCCCCGUUAGGGACGUUCGGUCACUUCUGCGCGGUAGUCAUAGCGCUAGGCAUGAUCGCCAACAAUGUCCCCGGCACCUAUUCCGCCUCAUUGUCCUUCCAGCUCCUGGGCCGCUGGUUCCAGGCUAUUCCGCGCUUCUUCUGGACGAUCGUCGGCGUCAUCAUCUAUACGGUGUGCGCCUGCGCGGGAAGAGAUAAGCUGUUCUCUAUCUUCCAGAAUUUCCUGGCUCUCAUGGGCUACUGGACGGCCAUGUGGGUGACGCUAACGCUGGAGGAGGAGUUUAUCUUCCGCAAGGGCCUUGCCGGGUACGACUGGAAGGCGUGGAACCAGGCGAAAAAACUGCCCAUCGGCAUCGCUGCCUUCACAGCCUUCUGUAUCGGGUGGGUGGGCGCUGUCCUGGGGAUGUUCCAGACGUAUUUCACGGGGCCGUUGGCUGCGACGGUGGGCGACGGCAUUGACCUGGGUAUUCCUGUUAGUAUCUCGUGGGCUGCGCUCAGCUAUCCGCCGCUGCGGUGGUUGGAGCUGAGGUUCUUGGGUCGGUAG